AUGAAACCACAAAGGGUAAGUGAAGAGCAAAUUAAACUGCAUGCUUUCCCUUUCUCUUUAACUGAUAAGGCUAAGGAUUGGCUAUAUUAUUUACCAUCAGGUUCUAUCAAUAGUUGGGAUGAGCUUAAAAGACAAUUCUUAGAAAAAUUCUUUCCUGCUUCUAGGGCCACCUCCAUUAGAAAGGAAAUAUGUGGGAUUAGGCAACAUAGUGGGGAGAAACUUUAUGAGUAUUGGGAGAGUUUUAAUCAGCUUUGUGCUAAUUGUCCUCAUCAUCAAAUUUCUGAUCAGCUAUUAAUUCAAUAUUUUUAUGAAGGUUUAUUGUUGUCUGACAAGAAUUUGAUUGAUACAGCAAGUGGUGGAGCUUUGGUUAAUAAAACUUUAACAGAAGCAAAAAGAUUGAUCUCAACAAUUAUCGCCAAUACUCAGCAAUUUGGCAUUAGACAAAAUGCAACUAUGAGAAGGGUUAAUGAGGUAAGCAAUAAUAAUCCUCUUGAGCAAAGACUUGAUAAACUCACCUCUUUGUUAGAAAAAUUUGUAGUGAAUCACCAACAAGUGAAGGCUUGCGGGAUCUGUUCAAACAUGAAGCACUGUACAGACACAUGCCCUACACUUCAGGAGGACACACAUGAGGAUGUUAAUGUCGUAGGGGGUUAUCAGAACCAAAAGAGGUAUGAUCCGUACUCAAAUAACUAUAAUCCGGGAUGGAGAGAUCACCCAAAUUUUAGUUAUGGCCAAAAGAAUAAUAACUUCCAGCAGCUUGGAUACCAAAAUAGGUUGCCCCCUCCUUAA